CCUCGAGUCAUAAGAUCAUGUGGCUGGCCCAAACACAAAAGGACUACCGGUAUUUGGAAAGCUAAAGGUGAUCGUGCAUGAAUAUGGGAGCUUGAGAUUUUUAGCUAUUGACUAUCUAUAUUCUCAAUAACGAUUGUUUGUGACUAUGGACGGCUCGAAGAAAAUUCCCUAUGACAAGCUAAGAAGCCUCGAAGGGCCGAACGGCAUCGAGUCGGUCCCACUCCUAUCGACUGUCAAGUCUGUGCCCCCGCCAGAUCGCUGUAUGUUCACCUACAUGAUCUUUUUCCUACAUGGAAUUGGACAUUUGCUACCCUGGAACUUCUUCAUCACUGCAAACUUGUACUUCAAGACCAAGUUCACAUGUCCCAUUGAAGCUAACCCCAUGGUUAACUCCACGUGUGUUGGAUAUGAGGACAGCUUUGAGAACUAUUUCUCUGUGGCUUCUAUGGUUCCCAUUGCUUUCAUGACCGCUCUCAACAUAUGGCUUCAAUCAAAGCUGCGGUAUCAGUAUCGGAUGGUCUUGUCUCUCGUGAUAAUGAUGGUUCUCUUUGCACUCACCAUUGCCUUUGUUGGUAUACCCACAGAGUCAUGGGUGGACGGAUUUUUUGGUGUGACAUUGUUAAUUGUUGUGGUAUUGAGUGUGGCAUCUGCUAUCUUUCAAAGUAGCACUUUUGGUUUUGCCGGAGUAUUCCCACCGAAGUAUACGUCUAUAGUCCUCAGUGGACAAGCAAGUGCUGGUAUAUUCGCUGCUGUGGCCCAAGUUCUAUCCUUGGCCUUGGUGGGGAACAAAUCCACUGACAGUGCUUUCGGCUACUUUGCUGUUGCUCUUCUGGUGGUCAUCAUCUGUUUAGCAUCAUUCUUCCUCAUGCUACCCAUGAAAUUUAUCAAGUACUACCUUAACCAGACAAGUUACAGUAAUAUUAAAGCAAAACAAGGCUCAGUUGUUCAAGCCUCUGUGAAUGUGAAGAUUGUAGACACAUCUGUUCCAUACUGGAAGAUAUUCAAAGGGAUAUGGCUGUAUGCUGUCAGUGUGUUCCUGGUGUUUGCUGUGACCCUCUCCCUCUUUCCUGGAGUGUUAGCUAUCGUCCAGUCAAUGGAUUAUGUCGAAAACGGCACAAAUGUGUGGUCAGAUACUUACUUCACCCCCCUGGUCUGUUUCCUCCUGUUCAAUGUGUCCGACUUUGUGGGCCGAUUCAUUACCCACUGGAUCACUGCUGGUAGCCACAGUCUAGUGCUAUUUGUCGCCAGCGUUCUCAGAGUGGUGUUCGUGCCUCUCGUUCUCCUUUGUAAAUUCCAGGCAAGACAAGACCCUGUGUUCAACAGUGAUGUCUACCCUAUCGUGUUUGUGUCUCUCAUUGGGCUCACCAACGGCUACUUUGGAUCCGUCGCCAUGAUCAGUGCACCUCAGAGUCUGCCUGCUGACCAGCGUGAGACUGCGUCGACCAUCAUGGCUUUCUUCCUGUCCUUUGGCCUGCUAGUGGGAUCAUGUUUCUCCUUCCUAUGGGCCUACGUCGCCAAUCUAAGAUAUAUCUAAACUAACUAUUUUUAUAAUUAUGGCUGUGCACAUACGUGAAAUGUAUUAUUUUGUAUAUUAUUUGCUAACUCAUGUGUAUAUGUAUUACCCCAACCAAA